GAAGAAAAUUAAGGCUAAGACAACAUAAAUAAUAUUUUGAAUAACAUGAUAAUACAAUGGGUACUUGCACUUAAACCACAACGGUAUACACGUACUUUAACGUGGUUUUAAGUGGGAAUAAAAAUAAUUGCAAUAUGUUUAAAAUACUCGUUUUCUUAGGCUUUUUGGCUCUUCUAUUAGCUUUACAUUUCUCAGGUGUUUUUGAUGCGGUCACUGUUAAGACCAACCUUUUUACAACUAGUGAAUUAGCCACUUUUAAUGGAGUUGAGCAGCCGUUUUUAUAUGUGGCCCUAUUAGGUACAGUUUUUAAUGUGACCAAAGGUGCGAAGCACUAUGCAAAAGGUCAACAAUAUCACGUUUUUGUCGGAAAGGACGCUUCGCGAAACUUUGUAACUGGGAAGUUUAAAGAAGAGGAUGCCAGCGACGAUAUUGGGGGUUUGAGCAACAAGGAGCUGAAAUCGUUGAGCGACUGGAUGAAAUUCUAUAACAGAGAGUAUCAACAAAUUGGAAAUCUUAUUGGCCGUUAUUAUGACAAAUUCGGAGAACCUACUGCUUAUUUACAUCAAAUGAAUAAACGCAUGCAGGAAUCACAAGACGAAGAGCAAAGUUUACAGAUUGAUAGGCAAACAUUUCCCCCUUGCAAUAUCGAAUGGGAUGCCGAUAGGGGUACGCGAGUUUGGUGCUCAGACAAAAGUGGGGGAAUUGAAAGGAAGUGGAUAGGAAAGCCAAGGCAGUACUAUACGGUUGGAAGCAAUAUAUUUAGAUGUGCGUGCAUUCAUGAGGAAAAUGAGAAAUUAGGUACUAUUAAGGAAUAUCCUGGUUGUGAUAAAAAUUCUGAAAGCUGCUACAUACAGACUGAUAAAUAAAAUGUAUUUUAUUACA